AUGGUGCUAGAUGGUCUGGCUGAGCUCCAAAGUCUCAGUACAGCUGCAAAGAUUGCCCAGAUUUUGAAGAAUCACCUAGACAUAGACCAUCCAGAUCUCGUUGACUUUAUAAUACACCUGGCUAAAAAAGCAAGAAGUGCCGUUGAGUUCAACAAGUUGUUGGAUGAAAAUGAAGCCGAGAUUCCUACGGCCCUCGGUGAGCAUUUGUUCAAUACCGUGAGAACUUUGGAUCCUCCCCGAAGUAAAAAAGGUACAUCUCAUCACUAUAUGAUGAUGAAAUACAUGGUCAUAGGUACAUGGGAUGACGUCAUAGCUACUGAGGAUGACGAAAGACUUAACUUUCCUGCCCUAUCCAUAAAAAAUAGCUCCAUUCAAACUGAGCAACAGCACAAAAUCGAACCUAAGAAAGAGGUAACAGUGAAAUCACGAAUAUUAUUAAACGACGAGCAGGGUGAACUUUCUGAUUGGGCUAAGCAACUUUUGGAGCGAGAGACUCCUGGAGUAUCUGAUAGUGGUAGAGACCGGCGUCAUGAAACACAUCGCCACGACCGCUCGGAAAAUUCCCAUCGCCGAAAUGAAAGGGACCGUCGAAGCAGGGAAAGGUACGAUCGACAUCACCAUGAGCGUACCGAUCAAGAUUACAAAAGGGCCAAGUAUCGCAGCAGGGGAGGGUACGACAGUGACCCCAGUUUGGAAAGGGAUGAAAGGAGCCACCGUGCUGACUCUCCACCUCCGUUAGAGGUUAAUGGCCCUAUAUAUCAGGGACGAGUUACGAACGUUAUGGAUUAUGGCGGUUUCGUACGGUUCCGCACGAAAACAGGACCGUACACUGGUUUGGUCCACGUAUCAGAGAUUUUGGCGGGAAGCCGUCGACUAUCGGGAGCCGAUGAAGUGUUAACGGAAGAUAUGAGAGUUUAUGUGAAAGUAAUUGCGAAGAAAGGGGACAAGAUCAGCCUGUCCAUGAAAAAUAUCGACCAGGAAACCGGAGAAGAUCGCAAUGGUAAAACGUCAUCUACAUCUGGGUUUCGUGACUCCGAUAGCGGUGCCGCGGACAAUAGGCCACAGCUCACAAAUAUGCCCCCGGAUGACUACUCCUAUGGAAUGGCUGGCAGAAAACGGCGCAUGGUGACGGACCUUGAACGGUGGGAGCAACAACAGCUUCUUAACAGCGGAGUGCUCACUAAGGGUGAAAGGGUCAGCUUGGAUUUAGCUGCAAACAACGAUUCGGUUGAGGAAGAAGAGAUAGAAAUAGAGAUUAAUGAAGCGUGCCCGACUUUCCUAAAGGGACAGACAAGACGUUCCGGCAUUGAGCUCUCACCGAUCAAAAUCGUUUCGAACCCUGAGGGUUCACUAGCCCGUACCAUCGCUACUAGUUUUACAAUCGCAAAGGAAAGACGUGAGACCGAACGACUGCAGGAGGAGACUAUGAUAAGAGCAUCUGGCCAUAGUAAUACCGAUGCAUGGGGAGGUGUAGGUGGGCGCCAAGGAGAAAACAGCGCAGCACAUUUUGUGAAAGAGUUGCAAAAAGCCAAUAAUUUGCAAAAGCGAGACGCAGAUCUGCGGGAACGCUCUGGGUCGAGUCGUGCGCAACAAAAAUCAACAUCGAUACGUUCUAUGAAGGAACAGCGUGAAUCUUUACCUAUAUUCCCUCUACGCGAAGAGCUGCUUCAAGCGAUACAUGAAAACAAUAUACUCAUUGUAGUCGGGGAGACUGGUAGCGGUAAGAGUACACAAAUACCGCAGUACUUGGCUGAAAGUGGUUACACCUGUGGACAAGACAAAAGCAUCAAAGUCAUUGGUUGUACGCAGCCCAGGCGUGUGGCGGCGAUGUCCGUUGCCAAGCGCGUAUCAGAGGAAGUCGGAUGCCGACUGGGCCAAGAAGUUGGUUAUUGCAUCAGAUUCGAGGAUUGCACCACAAAAGACACCAUGAUAAAAUUCAUGACCGAUGGUAUGCUUUUGCGGGAAGUUCUCCAGGACCCUCUACUGGACCGAUACUCCUGCAUUAUGCUAGAUGAGGCACACGAACGCACAAUAGCUACAGAUGUUUUGUUUGCGUUGCUCAAGGAGUGUUGCAGCAAACGUUCUGAUUUCAAGCUCAUCGUCACCUCUGCCACGUUAGAAGCUGAAAAGUUCUCAGCUUACUUCAACGAUUCUGGCAUCUUCUCCAUACCAGGGCGGAUGUUUCCGGUGGAAAUAUUGCAUACUACGGAACAGGAGAGUGAUUACAUGGAAGCUUCGCUGAUCACGGUAUUGAACAUUCACCUAAACGAACCUGCCGGGGACAUAUUGCUUUUCCUUACAGGACAGGAGGAGAUCGAAGUAGCAUGUAGAACAUUGCACGAGCGGAUGAAGAGGCUGGAGUCGAUGUCACCUCCUCCGCUCAUUAUUUUGCCCGUGUAUGCUGCAUUACCAGGUGAAAUGCAAAGUGCCAUAUUCGAGGCCACACCACCCGGAUGUCGAAAAUGUGUCAUAGCCACCAACAUUGCGGAAGCUUCUUUAACGAUCGACGGAAUAUUUUACGUAAUCGACCCCGGCUUUGCAAAGGUGAAACGGUACAACCCGCGCACAGGCAUGGAAUCCCUUGUAGUAGUGCCAAUAUCGCAGGCUAACGCCAAACAAAGGGCUGGCAGGGCAGGAAGAACUGGCCCUGGAAAGUGUUACAGGCUAUACACGGAGGAUUCCUACCGGUCUGAAAUGCUGCCGACUGCAGUCCCAGAGAUACAGCGCACAAACCUUGCGAACGUAGUAAUUUUGUUGAAGGCCAUGGGUAUAAACGAUUUCCUGAAUUUCGACUUUAUGGAUAAGCCUCCUGUGGAAACAUUGAUAGAUGCUUUAGACAAUCUGUACCAUCUUGGUGCCCUGGAUGACGAGGGACUGCUAACGCGGCUUGGACGUAAAAUGGCGGAAUUUCCUAUGGAUCCCAACCUUGCUAAAAUGCUGCUUACAUCAGUUGAUUUGGGUUGUUCUGAUGAAAUCAUCACCGUUGUUUCUAUGCUGUCCAUACAGAACAUAUUCUACCGACCACAGGACAAACAGGCCGAGGCUGACAGGGCCAAGUCACGUUUUACACAAGCAGAAGGUGACCACCUCACGUUACUGUAUGUAUAUAAUCAGUGGCGCAAGAACAAAUUCUCUUCUCUGUGGUGCCACGAAAAUUUUCUUCAGUCUCGUGCCCUGAUGCGGGCUCAAGACGUACGAAAACAACUAAUAUCUAUCAUGGAUAGGUAUCAUUUCAAGAUAUUAUCAAGUGGUAAUAACUCGGAAAAAAUCGCCAAGUCCGUCUGCGCCGGCUUCUUCCAUCACUCUGCCCGCAGGGACCCUCAAGAGGGUUAUCGUACCAUACUGGAUCAACAGAACGUAUAUAUUCACCCGUCUUCUGCGUUGUACAACCGGUCACCGGAGUAUGUGGUCUAUCACGAAUUGGUGAUGACGACUAAAGAGUAUAUGCGCGACCUAACCACUGUGAAGGCCCAAUGGCUCCUGGAGCUUGCGCCUUCCAUGUUCAAGCGCUGCGAUGGCAUCAGCAAGGCUAAGAUGGGUCAGAAAAUUGAACCUUUACACAACAAAUUUGAAGAGAAAGACUCUUGGAGACUUUCCAGGCGCAGAGGGUGA